AAGCGACCGUGCUGCAGUCUCGUCGGCCUCGAUUAUCCUCCAAGCCCCCAAAUCUCUCUCUGAUAUCACCACACCAGCGCAUCCUCGGGGCCGGAAAAUGGCGAUGCACAUCCUAUUCCGAGACCAGCCGCGAACGCUGCUUCUUCUGACUGACGAGCACGCGCUGACCUUCUCGUACGCGGGCGACGCAGACGCAGACCGCAGCCAUCAGUCACACGGGUCCGAGAAAGCGCAGUAUCACGACAACGCAAACAACGGCGGCUCGGCAAGUCAAGGGUCGCGAGUCUUGGUCGACUUCAGUCCGAAAGAGACCAUUGAUAUCUCAAAGUACCGGUCGCUGUCCUCGCUGCCCUGCUAUGGCUGUCUAGGACUGAUAGCGGUCGACGGUGACGUUUUCCUGGCCGUCAUUACGGGCGCGUCGAAAGUGGCAGAGCCGGUGUCUCAGGUUGAGACCGUCUACCGGAUCCACGGGCUCGAGUUCUACUGCGUGUCGAGAGCCAAUUGGGAUUUCACUGCCCUCGACCCGGCAGGCAACCCGCUGGACUCGGUCGGCACCUACCCCGGUGACAAUUUUGAUCUCGCGACAACGUCCGGCGGCGGCGCGGCCGUGAGCUCGAACUCGGGAAUGAUCGAGCAUCCUUGCGCGUCGCUGAAAAAGCUUCUCACCGACGGGUCGUUCUACUACUCCAACGACUUUGAUCUCACGAGCAGACUGCAGUCGCGGUCGGCUGAGCCGACGUUUGACAUCGAAGGGUUUGAUGAGACGUUUAUGUGGAACUCGUUCAUGAUCUCCGAGCUCGUGAAAUUCAGAUCACACCUGCAACUGGACGAAAAAGAGGCACUUGAUAGCUCUAGAUUCCUGACCUCGGUCAUCCGCGGGUUCGCAGAGACGGUGCCAACGAGACUGGGCGGUAUCCCCGCGUCGCUGACAAUCAUCUCCCGGCAAGGCUGCCGCAGGGCCGGAACGCGAUACAAUGCCAGAGGAGUCGACGACGAGGGAAACGUGGCUAAUUUUGUGGAAACGGAAACGAUUUUGUACACACCGCAGUUUCUGUUUUCAUAUACUCAGAUUCGAGGCAGUGUUCCGAUAUUUUGGGAGCAAGAUGUUCAGCUUUUGAGCGCCAAAGUCAACAUCACGCGCGCCUUCGAAGCAACCCAGCCCGCGUUCAUGGCUCAUUUCGAACCUCUCGUCACCAAAUACGGUCCCGUCCACAUCGUCAACCUUCUUGCCGCCAAACCAGGCGAGCAGGAACUCACCCACCGCUAUCGCCAACACAUCAAGCUAGCAUCCGAAGUUGCGCUCGCUAACCAGCUGCGCGAGACGCGGUUCGAUUUCCAUUCAGAGACGGCAAAGGCAGGGUACAUUGCUGCCAACAAGAUUCUGCGGUUUUUGGAGGACGACGCGGUGCAGUUUGGGUUUUUCUUGUAUGAUAUGGAAGUGCGUGCUGUUGUUGCUGAGCAGACGGGAGCGUUCAGGACGAAUUGCUUGGACUGUCUUGAUCGUACGAACUUGAUUCAGCAGAUAAUCUCGAGGCAGGCGCUCGAGCUUUUUGCGGAAAAGACCGAGAUCCUGCGGUUAGACGAGGAACUCAAACGGCGGCACUCGGUGCUGUGGGCCGACAACGGUGAUCAGCUUUCAAAGAUCUACGCGGGCACGGGAGCGCUGAAGACGAGUUUCACGAGAUCGGGCAAGAUGAGUAUUGCGGGCGCGAUUGCGGAUGCGACAAAGUCCGUGAGUCGGAUGUACAUUAAUAACUUUGUGGAUAAGGGGAAGCAAAACACGAUGGAUAUGCUGUUGGGACGACUGGAGGGUCAGGAAGUGGUGUUGCUGCAUGACCCGAUCAACGAUUAUGUGUUGGCGGAGCUUAGCAAGCGCAGGGCCGAGUACACGUCGUCGAGAGAGAUCUCAAUCUUUGCGGGCACGUUUAAUCUGAAUGGAUGUCUGUACGAUGGCGAUCUGUCGUCGUGGCUAUUUCCGAAUGAUUCCGGGUUCGACUGUCCGGAUCUGGUGGUGAUUGCGUUCCAGGAGAUUGUCGAGUUGACGCCUGGCCAGAUUCUGAGUGCGGACCCGGGAAAAAGACAGUUUUGGGAGCAUCAGGUGUCGCGGCACUUGAAUGCGCGAGAUAACUACGUCUUGCUUCGGUCGGGACAGUUGGUAGGUACUGCGCUGCUGCUGUACGUGAAGGCGUCGGAGGUGGCGAACGUGAGGAACAUCAAUGGCGCGGUGAAGAAGACGGGAAUGGGAGGGAUGGCGGGAAACAAAGGAGGCGUUGCGUUCAGCUGCGACUUUGCGUCUACCAAGCUGUGUUUUAUCACGUCGCACUUGGCGGCGGGACUGUCGAACGUCGAAGAUCGAAACCACGAUUUCAGGACGAUCAAGAGCGGGAUCCGGUUCCCGCGCGGAAAGACGCUGAGUGAUCAUGACAUGGUGAUCUGGUUGGGUGAUUUCAACUACCGGAUCGAUUUACCGAACGAGGAAGUUCGAAGACGGAUCAAAGAAGACGAUCUUGAUGCUCUGUAUCGGUACGAUCAACUGAAUCUGCAGAUGACAGCUGGAAAAGCGUUCCCGUACUACAACGAGGCGCCGAUAAACUUCAAUCCGACGUACAAGUUUGACAACAACAGCGAUGACUACGACAGCUCGGAUAAAGCGCGGGUGCCGGCGUGGACGGAUCGGGUGCUGACGAGGGGAUCGAAUAUCAGGCAGAUUGCGUACAACAGUGCGGGUUUGAGGUUUUCGGAUCAUAGACCGGUGUAUGCGUCCUUUACGGCGACGGUGUAUACGAUUGACAGGCCGAAGAAGGAGAAAUUGAGUCAGGAGCUGUAUGCUAAACGACGAGGAUAUGUUGGACAGUUGUUGGAUUUAGAUGGAGAUGAUAGUGGGGGACCUUUGCCGCCGCCGAGUACGGACAAGCAAAAGUGGUGGCUUGAAGGUGGCAAGUCUGCGCGGGCAAACAUCAUGCCUCCUCAGCAAAACAUGAUACUGAACCACAAGCGGCCCGCCAACCCCUUCUCGCCCACGAACGAGCCAGACUUUAUCAGCAUCGACCAGAGCAGCGGUGGAAAUCCGCAACAGGCACACCGGCCGUCUACAGUCAGCAUGCACAGCGCCGCAGCGGGCAGCCAUGGACCGCCUAUACCGCAGAAGCCUAAAGCUCUUGCGGGCCACAGCAUGCAUCCGACGCCGUUGAGUGAGAUUCCGCCGGCGCUACCCCCGCGACGCGCGAAUACGAUAAGCGCAAGUAUGGACAGCAGCGGGUUGCUGGGAGACACGGACCUCGACACGCCGCUGCAGACGUUUUCAGGCGGUGUAGCGGGCAGCCGUCCGAGGUCGGGCACGAACGGGACAAGCAGUCGGACAAGCAGCAUGAGCAGCACGGGAAGCGGCGGGUUUCAGCAGCAUCCGUCGACAACGACAGCCCGUCGCGGCGAUUUUCCGAGCGCGUCGCUGCCAAAGAUCAACAGGAUUCGCACAGAGGGGAGUUCAGCUACGCCCCCACCGUUUCCACCGCGGCCCGGCAGCAGCGGCAGCGGCAGCAGCAUCGGCAGUGGUAGCCAGGGCAGCAAGGCGCUGCCUGAUCUGACUGCGAUGCGGAGCGCGCCGCAGGACCGGUUCGAGCGCAGCGGCGGGUACCGCGAUAAUGUGACGGCUCAGCCGCUGCGGCAUGUGGAGAAGAUGCCUCCGGCACUGCCAGCGCGACCAAAGUAUAUGCCAGAUGCGUCGUUUGGCGGAGUGGGAGCGAGCGGGAAGCCGAUUCACUCGCCGGUAGAUGGCGGGGGAGUUCGGGCGCAGCCUGCGCUGCUGGACGACGACGAUGGGGACGAGACGCUGGACUCGAAGUGGAAGGCGCUGGCGUAGGGUUAGUUGCAUGGAGGAGGGUGAGGAAGGGUGUAAGAAAGAGAGCAUUUUGUAUUUCCCGUACAGGCAAAGAGACAAGAGUCGAUAGAGAUCUGCGUCGCGUAAAUUAGAGUGAGCCCCACGAGGCUGUGCAGGGGACCGAGCGCGCACUGCCACAGUCCCGUGGGCGCAGAGAGUUGCAGGAUUGGCCGGAAAGAGUGUGGCUGGUGUGUGUACCAAUCCCUCGGUCGCUGACAAUUUGCUGCUCAUCACCGCGAUUCAAGAUCCUGGGCGGGGCGGCCAUCAACUGCG